AUGGCUAAUUUCAUUUUCUACGCCGUGGUAAAUAGCUUAAAGGUACUUAUGGCUAUUUACCACGCUUACCACGCCAGUGAUAUAAUUAGAAAUGGGUACAGAAUACCAUUUACAGAUUUACCAUGUUCAGAGUUUUUAAUAAAUAAUCGAUCUGCCAUUGAUAAUUCUGAAUUUGUAGGAAGUGCCAUACAGGAUUUAGAGAAGAGAGGUCUUAUCAGUAUAGGUGUUCAUUGCAGCCUACAGAAAAGUGUAGUCCCGAGUCUGAUUAUACAUGCCUUUUAUAAUGUGAAAUGGGCCCAUUUUUUAGUGAGUGCAGUUAGUCCUACGGAUAAUCUUACGCUUCAGAAUGUAUUAGAAGCCGGGAAGCGUCGUCUUGCUAGGCCAGAGGCUAAGAAGGAGUCCAUUACACCUGAAUUGUUAAAUCUUAUGUAUGGUAAAAUGUAUGUGCUAACAGGGGAAUGCCAGAUAGGUUGUUUAAACGUCAUUGGAGAUGGAAACGCAAAGGAUGGGUGUAUAUAUGGCUAUCCGACUGCUUUCUUUGUAAUUCAUGGCGAUUUCGACUCUGCAUACCAAAUAACUGUGUUAGUGUUAUUUGGGGAUGGUAUGUGGAGUAAUACAACGGUGCUGGAAUAUGAAAAUCCAGACAAACCACUGCUUGUGGCCUUCGGUAUAGUUUGUGGUGUUUUAGCUGUUCUGAUUACUCUUCUUAAUGGUGCCUUGAUGAUAGUCAUUCUACUCAAAAGAAAACUUAGAUCUUCACCAAAAUAUUUUAUUGUCUUAAAUUUGAGUAUUGUUGGUUUCAUUGAUGGUGCUUUCCUCUCUCCAAUUCAGGCGUUAGGCUGGAACGAAUGGAAUUUUUCUUGUUUUAUAAUGACUGCCGCAGAAACCAUGGCAAGUGCCUUUAUCUACCUUGAGUUGAUGUUAAUUAUUAGUAUGUGUAUCCAAUGGAUAGUAUCAAUAACAAUACCCAGUUAUAACGCUAAAACUAGAUUUCGUCUAGUUCUGUUUUUAGUGAGUGUAAGUUGGUUGAGCAGUUUUUCAGCAACACUGGUAUAUAUUAUUCCAGGAAGUCGGGCCAUAUACAUUGAUCAGCGAUGCAUUUUUUUCUUAGAAGAAUUUGCCCGAAUAGGUUUACUUCUAACCAUACCCGUCCCACUACUAUUAAUUUCAUUCAUAACUCUGGUAUUAUUAAUUGUGGUCAGGGUAAGACAAAGACGUUGUCGCUAUAACCUGGAAGCGAAUGGAAAGAAAUUCCCACUCGACAUAGUUUUGAGUGCUUUAGUCUUGUUACUUUGUAUAACUAGCUCCACGAUUAUUCAAAACGUAAGAUACAUCCUUCUUGCUAUUAUACUGAUAAUUAUACUUGCUAGGUCACGACAUGUUUUGAUACCUCUGAUUUGGUUGAUAAUGUCGAAGCCUAUCAGAAGAGUUGUAUUAUGUAAAGGGGAAGAAACAUUAACUAAAACUCACGAUGUUACACCAAUGGAACAGAAAUAA